AUGAUGCAACGUGACUACUGCUGCCAUUCUGUAGUAUUUAAGAGGAACAUUUUGAUUGCUGGUGCACAGAAAAAUCUUAUGCUAUUUUCAGCUUUCUUAGACUCUUUCACUAUAAUUCCAUAUGAAUUUAACAUAGCCAGAAAGAUUCUUAUAAAUACAGAAAGAUUGUAUAUAAUUGAAUGUGAAAUGGGAUUUAUUUAUGAAAGCGAGGUAGAAGAUGUAUAUGCUUUGAAAAAAAUAGCAAAAUCAGGAUUACGCCAUUAUCCUCUUCAAGUUUCAUGCACAUAUAAUAAAGGAGGAAUUUACAUAGGGUGCAUUCAAAAUCCUAGAUACAAUUACUGAAAGUUUAGUUUGGAUAUAAAAAAAGUCGAUGAAAUAUUAUAG